AUGGAAAGACGAGGUAAAGAAGGAACAGAAACAAUAGAUGAACUGUACCAACAGUUUAUGCAUUUGCAACACGAAUGGGACUCCAUUAAACAACCUAAACCAAGAACCCUAUGUAGAGCAUCAACAGACUCGAAACUUAUGGUCAAAGCCCGUAAACUCCUAUACAACUCUCCAAGAGACCUUAUGUCUGCACUUCAACAUGGGAGGUCUCCGCCAGUGGAAGGAGGUGGUGAAUGGAAGGUUAGGAACAAUGACUUGGCAGUUGAUGAGAUUUUGAAAGAGAGAAGGGAAGCCAUUGAGAGUGGCAAGUUGAAGGGAAGGAGGCUUUUUGAGGCAAUGGGGAGUAGUGUGAGUGAGACGGAUUUUGGAGGGAUAGAGGGGAUGGUAUAUGAUAAUUUGGAUGGUUUAGUUCAAGAGACUGAAGUUAGAUCAGUAUCCUUCUAUGAUUCUGAUGAUGAGAAUGAAGAUGUUGAUGCAAGGAAAGAAGGGUUGUCUCCAUUUAGUCACCAUUGUUCUUAUUCAUCAUCAUCCUCCUCUUCUUCUUUUUAUAUUUGUGACGACUGUAUGGAGAGAGAAAAAGAGGAAGAAAAGGUGGUGGUGGCAAGUGUGCAAGAAGAAAAUAGAGUUUUGAAUGGUGAACAAGAAAGAUAUGGGGCAAGCUGGAUGGUUGCUAUGGGUUGGCUUACAAUUGCUUUCAUUGCGUGUGCAAUUGGGAUCAUCUCAAAGAGGAGUUUUGGUGGUCAUGGGGUUGGAAAUGAGGUGAUUCUAUUCCCAACAUGA